UAAUGUGAUUAAAUCUGGUUUAUAAUUUUUUAUAGAAUUUAAUUUCAUUCUCGUGUGGGUUUGAGAUUACUAUUCUGUAAACAAAUAUGGCGGACGCCAUGAUACAGUCUCGUGAUAAGAAAUCAGAGAAAACGCCUGAUAAGACGGCAUCAAGUGUAGACGAUGACUAUUUAAGAUUAGAGGAUGAAGAUGCUUUACUCUUUGAUAAACCAAAGGAGGCUAAAACAAGGUCGAAAACUUCUAAGGCUUCGUCCAAGUCUGCUUCUCAGGGGAAGCCCCCUUCCUCGAGUACGCCGUCCACUUCUAAAGCAAAGUCUAGUACUAGUAGUGUCAGUGGUGACGCUAAUAAUAACAAUGAAAUGCUAGAUAUAUUGAAGCAGAUAAGAUCUGAACAAGUGAAAACCAACAGUAGGGUUGAUAACAUGCACAAGAGAAUAGACGCUCUUUAUGAUGAUGAAUAUCAAUAUGAUGAUGAAAAUCAAAACGAGUCUGAUUGUUAUGAUGACGCUUCUGACGAGGUCCAAGCAGAUAAUGAAAAAAGGGAUGAACCCCCUAGUAAGAAACAAAAAUCUGACUCUUGUGAAGAGACAAGAUUUGCUAGCAUGAGCAAAAAAUUUAGGUCUGGUGAAAAGUAUGCACCAUCUAUUAAUGAACAGUUGGCUAAUAAUAUAACUGAUAUUUUUAGAAAUGGGAUUUCUUCUGAGAGAUUUUCAGAUCUCAUGAAAGAUGAGAAACUUCAGAGACCACAAAAUUGUGACGGUCUCGUUACUGUUCAAACUGACCAGGUUAUUUGGGAUAUUUUAAGUCCCGAGACUAAAACAGUCGAUAACAAAAUGAAAACUAUUCAGUCUGUAGUUGUGAAGACAGCUACUGUCAUGGCUAAAGUUAUUAAUAAACUAGAUUUAAUGUUAGAGAAAGAGGAGUGUACUGAGCAUAGUAAUAUGUUAGACGACUGUAUGGAUUCACUCGCUCUGAUGGGGCAUGCUAACAGAUUAGUAUGUUUGAUGAGAAGAACUCUCAUGAAGUAUGAUAUUAUUGGUGAAUAUGGACAUUUGCUGAAUGCUACAGUCCCUUAUGAUAAAAACAUAUUUGGUGAUGAUGUGGUCAAAACUGUUGAUGAUAUUGGCAAGUGUAGUAGAAUAUCAAAUAAAAUCCGAGGAAGGGGUGGUUUCAACAGUGGCUUUAAUAGAGGCGGUCGUAGACCUUGGUAUUUUAGGAUCUCUGGUAGAGGCACAGGCCGUGGUAGAGGUAUCGGCCGUGAUAGAGCAUCUCGUGCAGGCUCAGAUAAGACUGGAGAAUAA